AGUUGACCGUGUUGUGCGGAGAGGCCGCAGACACACUGUGGAGAGGCUGGACUCUUCCUGCUAUACGCGUGAGAGAGGAGAGAGGAGGUUUCUAUCAGACGGAGCGGAGGAGCUGCAGAGCUCUGCGUGGUACCAACAGAGGUUUCAACAGCUGGAUUGUGAUGGAGACUCUUCAUCGCCAAUAAUCGGGAGCUUCUGCGUCCUCAAACUAUGAACAAGUAGCAACAGGAGGCGAGACAAAUCCCGGCAAGUUUCCAGAAGUGAUCAGCUGCUGGAUUUACUGAGAGAUCAAAAACCUGGAGGAUUCUCUCUCUCUCUCUCUGUCUGGAUCUUGGUCUUUCUCCUCUAGUCAAGGUCCCUCUCUCUCUCUCUCUUCUGCUCCUGGCCCGGGUCUCUCUGUCUCUCUCUCUCUCUCUCUCUCUCUCUCUCUGGUCCGGGUCAGCUCUGCAGCUGGAUGAGCUGAAUAAACGCGUUAUUCCGGUACCCGGUGCCGGUUCUGUGUUGUCUCGGCGCACCGUGAGGCUGCUGCUGUGUUGCCGUAUAGAGGAAUGCAGCAGCUCGGUCGGUCAGACUCGGUCCUGUCUGUCUGGAGCCUCCACACAGCAGACACUGCUCUAGGGGAGAUAGUCCGGCACGGCUCGGCACGGCUUUCCAUCUCUAAGUCCUCUGACCGGCUGCAACCAGGAGAUCUGGACUGACCGCUGCCAUGAAGACCCAGAAGGCUGAAGGUGUUACAGCUUCACCGUCCUGCAAACGGAAGCGUCGCUUCACCUUACGGGGCAGGAAGAAGAAGGCGCGGGGGGUCCGUGGAAAGCUCCGUAUGCGCUCGAUGCCUGGAGCCUUCCUGGUGCUGGGGAUCAUUGUGGUGGUGGUGGGGACGGCUCUGGCUGUGGCGGGAUACUGGCCCUACCGUGUAUUGAGGUCAUCCCUCCUGGGGUCUGGUAUCUCUGAAUCGCAGAGUUCUGGCUUGACUAUGGGAGCGAAAGGCCUCAUCUCCACGCCAAGCCUCAUCCACAGCGAGAGGAUGAAGCUGCUGGGCCCGGUCAUCAUGGGCGUGGGGCUCUUCAUCCUCAUUUGUGCUAACACGGUCCUGUACGAGAACCGGGACAGAGAGACCCAGAUGCUGUUGGCUCAGAUGCGGAGUGUGAUCUGCUCGGUGUCGGCGGUGGUGCCCUCGGCUGACCUGACAGAUAUCGCUGCGGCUAACUCGAUGGCCAAACACUACCAGUGGGUGAGCAGUUUACCCGCAGCCCACCUCAACAUCCUGUGUCUGCAGCAGAUGACCUCCUCCGAGCCCCUGCUGCAGACCAGAACCCACAUAGACCAAGAGGACGGCGUGGAGGGCGUCUACCAGCAGGCUGUCCUCCACCACCAGGAGUCCGAGACCACGCCCUCCCUCCACUCCUCCCACUCUGACUCCUGUAAUUCCAGUCAGACUGACUUUAACACGCAGGGUGGAGCUGGGCAGGAGGACAGCAACAGCUUCCACGCGCAGCCCCCCACCUACGUCAAACUCAACAACUGCCUCCUGUCGGCCAGCUCCAUGUCCACACUGGGGGUGGAGGAGGUGGAGGUCCCUGCUGCCCACCCGAGGCGCUGUCACAGUAUGAGCUACAGGACUAAACCUUACUUCCUCCAGACGAGAGUGCGUCAAACUGAAGGACGGCAAACACCACAGCGGGAGGAGGAGGAGGGUGGAGUCACGAGGAGAGAGGCGGGGUCACAGGUUUGCGUGAACAUCCCCCCGCAGGUCGUGGAAGCCACAGAGGAGCAUACGCACAGCAGCUGGCCUCGGUUAGACCUGGGCAGCGGGAGGCGGUACCUGAAGCUGGAGAACAAAGAGGACUCGGUGGAGAAACUGCUGGACCAGAUGGAGCACCAGUGCUCCCAGUGGGAUAAAAGUUUUGGAUCAGGGCCUUUCCAAUGAUGAGGCGACUUAAGGAUACAAACACGAGGAGGAUUUUAAGACAUUUUAUCCUGGAUUCUAAGAUUUAACCACAGACAGAGACGGACACAAGUUCCGGAUCAUUCGUACUUUUUCACACAAAGAUCUUCCAAAACGUUCUGAACCUUGAGUGGAACAUUUAUACCUGGGUGUUCCGGCGCUCUCUUUGCUGGAUUUGGUAAAAGUUUUAUAUAAUGAAGGAGAGUAGAUAUAUGCAGACCCUACACUGUCACAGAUCAGUCCAGUGUGGUCGCAGCAAUGCGAUAAAUCAACGAGUGUGUGGAUGCAAAAAUGAGUUUGUAGUUUCCAGGACAUGGUGUGAACGGCACCAUGAUGGAGGAGGAAUCGAGGUGUGCAGGAGGACGGGGGAUAGUUUUCACUGUGCAAUCUUUUCUGAACCAAACUACCUGGACUCCGGAGCCCGAGAGGUGCUGACAGCUCCAAACGAAAUGCAACUAGUAUAUACAAAAUGGGUCUUACUCCUCAGCCGAGGUCCCGUACUCCAAAUGCAAUGCAUGGCAGUGAUGUACAGUGUGUUACAUCUUAAUACUUAUGCAGAGUAAUGUCAGUGUUGGUUUUAUGUGUACAAGAAUUGAUGAUAAGGAGCAUUCUGAUUACUUACAGCCGAGGUCUUAUUUUCCAGGUUUGGCCGUUAUUUCUGCAGCGCUGAAUCAUGAUCACCUGUUCUGAGAUCUGGGAACACAACAACACUUCAACUGUUUCUGGAUUUUAUUGAUGGAAAGUUUGGGGGAUAAUUAGGCUUACUCUCUUAUCAUGAUCCUCCACACAACAUACGUUAUCCUGUACUGCAGACGCUGUAUGUUUAUUCAUUAAGAAUACUUCUUCACUCACAUCUGAGUGCUUAUCUAUUCCAGUUUAUUUCUCUUCAGAGUCCAAAAAAAACAAAAACAUAUGUGAAUAAUAAAUGAAUAAAACAUUAGCUUGCUGUUAGCUGUGUGAGAAUACAGAAAUGGGAAUCAAAUGUUGUUUGUAGCCACAGCUGAACAGCAAGCACAAAAUGGCAGAGACUCCAAUGCCAUGUUAAGGGGCUGCGUUCUUUGGAGUUUGCAUUAGAAGGCUGAUUACAUCACAGCGGCGAGGCCAAGGCUGUCCUGUUUCAAAGGCUCCUUCAAAUGUUGCUGACAAACGGUCCCAACAUAACCCAAGAUUUAUUGCGCACCAUUUCUUUUGUAAACCUUCAUACAUCAUCAAAGAGUCGCAUUACAUUUAUGAAUGGCAUGAAGAAUGCAAUUAUAGACUAAAACGUUGACCUAGCGUUUUUUUUUUUUGAGCACCACCAACUUUUUUUCAAUUGCAUCCCCUCCUGCAGCUACAUGUAUGAUGUGCCCUUGGGCACUUAACCCCAAGUUGCUCCCGCUGCUUCGGCCGUUGGCGUAUAAGUGUGUAUGAAUGGGAUCAGUUAAUACUCACAUCAGCCUCUGUAAUCAGUGUGUGAAUGUGUAGGUGUGACCUGCGUCAUAAAAGCGAUUUGAGUAGUCAGAAGACUAGAAGGAAUAACACAAGCUCAAGUCCAUUUACCAUUUACCAUAUCAACUCAAUUGAAUCACUACAAAUACUAAUGUUAAAAAAAACAGAAGAGACUUUGAAACGUCAAAUUAUCUCUAAAAUUAUGUCAGCUUGUUCCGGUGCAGCUGUUCAGGAUGCAAGGCGACAGGACUGGUGAUGCAAAAAGGAUCCUCUGUAGACCGGACCGUCUCAUUACAGUUACUAUGGGGGGGGAUGGGUGGUCCUUGGAUGGAUGCUCCCCCUGACAGCAAUAUUCCACCUCCCUCACUAGCUGGCCCUCGUUAAGAGAUGAUGCACGAGCCUGGAUCAGGUCUGAGUCAGUGACUGCAGCUAAGUUUCUCAGUAGUUCAAGUUUUUCUUUUGAGCUGUAAAAAUAAAUCUUCCCUGAUUUUUCCUUUUUUACCAUCCCUCCCUCUAGGUUAGGUUUAAAGCGUGAAAGGUGCCUGCAGUCAUUGCAGCUUUCAGCUUCUGGUCUCCAGAAGAAGAAACAUUUCACUGUGUUUUGGUUGACUGGAUAUUCAGACGUGCAUAUACCAGCAAGAGAACACGGCUGACACAAAGCAGCAGAGCACAGCAGAGGCGGCAGUGCAUCCUGGGACAUGUAGGAAGUGCUUGCAUGGCUCCAUGAUCCAGAUGAAAAAUGUUUUUCCGUAUAGUUGUACUGCAAAAGGAAAAAUACAUUUGAAGCUUUGACAUAUUGUAAGAAAUGUGCAUGUUAGUCCAUGCUUCCAUAUUUGGUCUAAUGGAAGUAGUGUCAAGCCUAUAAGCAUGAUUUGUGCUCUCUGUUUAACUUAUAAUUGCUGCCCAGUACUUUCCUUCCCUCCAUUUCCUUCUGCUCCUCUGGGGCCGAUUCUCCAAAGGAACCUUUUCCAUUUCCUCCUGGGGGAUCCUGAGGUGUUCCCAGGUCAGGUGUUAUGAGCCCUUUUCAGAUAACCGUUUCAAGGGGCGAUAUUUCGUCCCUGUAACGUUCUGCUGUCAAUCUUAAUUUCUUAGUGGUGUAAUGGGGGGGACAAAGUCAUCCUCCCCUCCAUUUAGUCUUCGGAGGUAGUACAGGGGUGAUAUGAGAUCAGUGGAGCCAGCGGGGCAGCACAACGGUGUGUGUGUCUGACUGUGUGUGUGUGUGUGUGUGUGUGUGUGUUUUCAGUCAGACUAACAUGUUUACAUGUGUUCUAAAAGUCCAGUUUCAGUCGGACAAACACAAUACUUCAGCUUUUUCCAACAUCAUGUAAACGUGCUGACUGUGAAGGAGCAGCGGCUCUAGUCUGAGCUCCUCACCCAAUCUCUAAUGGUGCUUUCACAAAUACAAAGAAAAAGUCUACCAAUCAUUAUUUGUAUAGCGCCAAUUGUUUUAUCUCAAGACGCUUUACAAAAAGAGCAUUUGGGAUAAGAUAAGAGGAAGGAUUUCUUCUUUGUAUUCCUCCUCUGUUGUUACUGUUGUCCACACUCCCUUGCCGCUGAGGUGGAGGUCGAAGCAGGCGGUCGAAAUCAAGAGAUCUUCCUGCAGUUUAUGGGAUAAGAUGCAUGUGUGAAUGCAAACAGCCACAUUUUGAAGUCUGACUUUUCUUGGAAUUAUUCCUGCCAACCCCACUACCCUGGGAAGGGGUGGUAACGAUAAUAUCCUGCAACCGGCGCACGACCAUACGCACGUAUUGAAACUGCUUCAUUAGUUUUCUUUUCACCAGUAUGUUCUUCUCCGCUCUUUUGUCGAUACAGUGAUGAUGUUGAACUACAUCUGACACUGAUAUACUUCGAUUUAAAGGCAAAAACUGGCGUCAUAGCGUCAGGCUCAUGUUGCAUGAUUAAGUGACUGAGACUGUUCCUGUCGACAGGGAAAGUCUCCCGCUGUAAGGUGCAUGUGUGAACAAUAUAAAAGUCAAGCUACUCAGGAGGAUUUCAGGGGCAGCCUUGUCUGAAAAUUUUCAUGAAAUGUUCAGGAAGGCAUACAGUAUGUGAGAAAACAGAUUUAGUCCUAGCACGGCCAAACAGUGAAGGAAACUCCUUUUUUCCAUUUGUAUUCACAGUCUCAUUUCAUCAGUUACUCCAUACUUGAACAAUAAGCAAAUAUUCCAGCGUGUGCAUGUGCUGACUCGUGCCGAGUCUUCAGGUAAAGAGUUACUAAUUUGACUUUCUUUUAAUGACGUGUCGUGUUCCCAGGUCUCAGCUAUAAACUCGGUGAUUCCAGUUUAAUUGGAAUCCAAAGAAUGAAGGCCAAACCUGUGAAAAUAAAAAAACGGAGACUCUCUGUUUGUUUUCCUCCUUGCUCGCUGUGAAAGCAGGACGCCUCCUCCUGCUGGUCUCCUGUUGAUCGUCUCCUCUCAGAUUGCUCUCAGUAUUUAUGAGGAGGGUCUCUCCGCCUCCGCACACACACACACCUCCUCCUCUCUGCGAUCAAACAGAUUGUGCAGAUUCAGUGAGCUGAUCAGUGCUUCUGCAUGGAAUCUGAAUCAGCCCCCUCCCUCUGCAGAGGCGACCCCCCCCCCCCCCCCCCUGUGUGAAACUACAGUCCUACUCUGGUUUUCUCCGUCUGUGCUGUCUGUUCUGUGUGACACUGUGUGUUUAAAUGUAUACCAAGCAAUAGAGAGGUCUGACAGGACAAUCAUGGCUCUGCAGACCAACAAAUGAAACAACAUUUUAAAGCCUGUGUUGCAAAUAUAAGGCAAGAAAAGCAGCUCCUCGCAUGUUGUCUCAUUAUUCCAGCUGUCAGGUUUAAUGGCACAGUUUUAUAUUUAUGUAUGCAGCAAAAAGGGUUAAUGGCUCCUGGUUGUAUAAGUUUGCAGCAUAUAAUCAUGUGUGCACGCCUGCUGCCGACGAGCCCAUCCCUCACAUCUACAGAGGCUUCACAUUUCAUCCGUAUUUCUCAGGCUGAAUCGUCCAUCUGGGAUCUGGAUUUUACACUUUAUCACAUGAUGAAUGAUGGGAUUCCUUCCUCUCCUGCUCCUCAGUUUGAAAUGUAGAAGUGGUCCCGAGUGAGGAUCAGGCCUAGGAGUGGCAGGGGGGAAUUCCCCGGCUGCGAUUAUGCGGAGCAGAGCCUCCUGCACGCUCCACAUUUUCCCUCCUUAUUAGAUUUUAUGGUUUCUUCUGGGCAGGUAUGCAGCCCCUCGUCAUCUCUUUCUCAUUUAAUUGGCCGGUUACAGGACGGCUUCUGGGUUUCUAACAGCUCAUAAAGGGGGCAGGCCGGACCUCUGGCCUCUGCUGCAGAAACACAGGUUGGAAGAAGAUUGCAUGGCUGCAGGAGGGCAGGAAGGUGCAGAUCUGAAGAAUGGUGGGGGUCAUUCUGGAGCAUCUGUGCCUUGUUUUGUUGCUUUCAUCAAAUCAGAGCAAACCAAGGAAAGAGGUGUUCCAGUAAUGAACGGCUUUAUUGAUUCAAGACGCAGCCAGGAUCAUUUCAACUGGCGUGUAAUAGUUGCUGUCCAUUAGCUAAUAUGCCUGAUGCAUUAGAGUCUGGCACCAGAGGAACAUCUGCAGAACGAGCUUAGAGGCGGGUAAUUAGCUCAAUUUAUUUUCACCCGUUUUUAUCAGACAUUAUAAUCAAUUUCAACACAUUAAAACAAUCAUAUUGGAUAUCUUGUCUCAACUCGUGUGGUUCAAAAUGAUGUUAACUUGACACUGCUGACAUAUUUCUGAAGCAUCGAGGGUGUUUAACAGUCAGGGCAGGACUGACCAUCUGGCAGACCGGACGCUCUCCUGCUGGGUCGACGCUCCUUUUGUCAAAACAACUCAGUCUAUAUAUGAAGCACUUUUCAAGACAACAGAGGGAAAAAUACACAGAAGAGAAAACCAGAGAUUAACGUUAGAAGAGGUCAAAGUCGUGACACAGACAGCAUGGCUUAAAAAAUACAAAAAUCUAAUCUUCAUGCACACGAUUAACAAUUUAAGAUGAAUAGACGACUUCAAGGUAUCACUAAGGGGGAAAUUUUACUUUUAAGACGCAGCUGCCUGAUCAUUUUUGUUUUCCACUGAGUGAGUAGGAUGGAGAGAAGUGAUUGGUCUCCAGAUCUCUGAUGGUUACGGGACGGUAUACAGGGUAUGCAUUGACGUCACUUUCCCACCGGGACACGCCCCCUCUGUUGGGCUGAGUGGCAGAGCAGUCUGAAACAUGGCGGCUUUCAGGAGGAGAGAUGAGGUAAAUAUCAUCUUAAAUUAAGGAUGUUUGGAUUCAACAGAGAUCCCUCAAAUUGACCAAAGACAGAGCGCUCUGUGGACAUCGAUGUGUGGACAACAUUCCCAACAGCCCGGGAAGUACAGAAAGAGCCUGCAGGAAAUGAUCAUGUUGUUUUGUAAACUAAUAUAUUGGCCAUUUGAUAAUCUGUUGCUGCCUCUCGACUAUUUCUAAUCUGACAACAACACAUAGUACGACUCUUCAAUUUACCAAAGGUACACAUGAUUCAGCAGCAAAGACGGGAUCGGUUUUUAAGGCUGAUGCUUUUUUGAUCCAGUCGAUGUAGCUCUUGAGCUCCAGCAUGAAACCAAAACAAACUGCUGUUUAGCCACGCCUCCUCCAUCCUGAAGCCCCGCUCUCCUGCAACGACACACCUCCAACUCCCCUCCACGCGAGUUCACACGAAGGAGUUAGGAUUUAGAACGCACCAUAAAGCACAAGCGGCAGACAAAAUUGUUCUUGGCUCGAGAUGAUUGCCUGUGCCCUGCAUUGUUGUGUUAGCAUGCUAAUGUUAGCGCUCUUUAGUUAGCUCGUAGCUUCACAUUGCAUGUAAACUGA